CGCAGCGACAUUCACCACUAAAUAAAGCGUUAACGGCGGACUCUGUUGUUCCGCAUGCCAUAGCAACCGCGCUGUCUUGUUUAUCUAUAUACAAGCAAUAAUUUUAAAGUAACUAUUUUCAAUCCGGUAUUAAGUUCCAAAAAUGUCAAUAGAGUUUUCUGAAGAAAACAUUGAAGAUAUCAUAGAAAGGCCCUUGCCUAAGAUUAUAAAAUUAAAGAGGCACAAAUCCGCUCAUCAUGAUCGUAUCAAGAAAGAGAAUGAGGUCCUUAAAAAGUCGCGCUCAACCAUGGGUAAUGCUGAAGAACCACUUCCAGAGCCUAAUAAUUUUCUUAAGAAACACACGCGCAAAGAAUUGAAAAAAGAAACGGACGAACCCAAGUGCUGGCUCUCAAGCUGCAAACCUCAGCUUCCAAGCCCAGCGAGCAUUAGGAGGAAAGAUGAGAAAAACUUUUUAGCUGACAACAUCAAGUGCGCCGCGUCGUCAAAAAGCAAAUAUCCAGAGCCUAAAGUGGUUGACUCUCACAAGGGCAACACAACACCACUCCGCAGACCGUCUUACAUCUACAAACAGAGUUUCGGAAGGGCGCCUGCUCAUAUUUACCGACUGAAGUCUGCCGCUAACCAACAAGAAACCAGCAGUUGCGAGCAGAAAAUGAAGAUGAUGUCUCAAGGAGAGCGGAGCAAGUUAGUAGAGGGGUUAGAGAAGAGUCUUAAAGACAGAAACUCUGAAUUUCUACUUUUGCCUGUAAUAAUUGACACGCCUUACUUGAUUAACAAGAAGAAAAAAUUGGAAAGCGAGAUCAAACAAAUCGAAAGCGACCUCCAAAUGAUUUCCUCCAACUUUGACAUCUACAUAACUGAUGACUAAGAUGUGUUUAUCAGUUCUACAAAACUGAUUGAAAAAAAUAACUGAGUAUGGUUGUUAUCGCCGUUUAAGCCCACAUUAAAAUUGAUCACAAAGUGCUUCUGCGUAGUAUAAAUUUCAACUCAUAAGUGGCUGAUUGAAGACAUCCUGCUCUGCAACUGCAGCCACGCCCUCUCCACCUGCUUGUCAGUGUGCUCGGUGCUCCAACUCGGGCUGAACACAACAUUGGCCACAUUGACGUGGUCGCUGUUCAACGGCUGGGCGGCCAAUCGCGCUCUGCUGUCCUCUUCGUUUAAGUUGUCCCUCUCUUGCAGUCGCUUGAUAGCCUGAGCAAUAAAAAAAUUGAAUUGAUUGACAAAA